UCUAGUGCCUGACAUCUCCGCCAGCUGUUUGGUGUUCACCACUUUUUUCCAUUCUUCCAUACCAAGGCCGGCCUUAUUUUUCAUUUCAAUUCUUUUCUUUAGACCCCUUUGCUGGCACUGACGUCUAUUCAUUCGUGUGUUUGUAUUCUUCUGCCUUCUCUCAUCCGCUCUUCGCAAAUCGAUCGAUUAUUCUUCCCACCCCGAUCCAACCGGUUACAACUCGACCUCGAACAGCAUCAACCAAGGGCCAUGGUCGGAAGUGAUUGACAAGAGGAAAACCUUGGCGACUAUCAUCGGUCCGGAACGGAUAGGAUAGGAUAGGAUGACAGGAGAGAAGGGAAUGGCUCCUCACGCAGUGCCACGGGCCCAGAGGCCCUCCAAGAGACGAGCACCACCCGCCAACAUCGCCGUACCGCCUUUGCUUUGGGACCGCGAUGCCGAGUCUGACGAUGAGUACGCCAACCAAGUGAGAAACGCCGCAGGAGGCGUAUGGAAACGGGCCAUCGAUGCUGGACGCAGGUAUGCGGAUUCGGCAGUAGACCGCCGCUCAGACAGCGACAGCGACGAUAAGGCGCGGAAAAACCAACUCAAGAACCCUCCUCCCCAACAACAACAGCAACCCCCUUCAAGCCCGGACACCCCGAAAGCUGUGAGGCCUUCCAACAAUGUGGCAUCAGGAAAGUUGCCUUUGGCAACUCUCCGUCCGCCGCCCGCAUCGAUUCGUCCUCCUCCGGCGGUCGUUGCCGCACCGGCUGUGCAACCGACUCCCGUGAGAACGACACCCGCUGCUACAUCGAAACCCCCAGCUGUACAGGUUCCAGUUUAUGUCGAACAACCCCAAGAGACUUACGCACAACCUCAAGAGACUUUCAUCGCUCACCCCGAGAUUCCUGUCGAGGCACCGGAGCGUCCUCCCACCCCGCCGCCUCCACCACCUGAAGAGCCCGCACCAGCACCAGUUCUAGCUCCGGCUGAGCCUGACCCACCACCACCACCUCCGCCUGAACCCGAACCCCCAGCAGCGCCGCCAGCUACCAUGACUGUCACGGCGGCUCCGCGAACUGUCACCCUCAUCUCAACCAUGAAGCAACCGGAUUCGCCCAAGAAGCCCAAGUUCACUCCGUCACCACCGCCUCCUCCAGUAAUUACUCCCACUCCUACAGUCCCGCCUGCAGUCAUCGCUCCCAGCGGGCCUCUUGCCCUGCCCCCUUUGCCAUCGGUUGAUCCCUCAGCCCCGAGGAAAGGCAUCGAUGGAGAGAAGCACUCAACGCCUACCAUCACAGCCACUCUCGCCUCAGCAGUACUCCCAGCCGAGACCAUUUCAGCGUUGCCAGGCUUGGCCAGUGGUGGUUCCAGCAAGGAUGAUGGCAGACCGCCAAGAAUGAACCCCGAGACAGAGCAUGCCCUCAUUGCUGUUGGCUCAAUAGGAUCAUUCAUCUUUGCGUCAUUCCUGGUGUGGAUUGUGUGGAGGACAAUGAAGAGGGCGGGACGCAUGAGAAGGGAAAGGGAGUCUGGUUACCAAGGUGACAGGCCAGGUGGCAUUGGCUCAAAGAUCCCCUUCUUCAAGGGAUCUAGUGGAUGGGAAAACCUCGACGGACGACGAAGCGAACCACCUCAGUACGAGAAGGGACAGCGAGGGACACUACGCCUGGACACGGGGUUCUAUGGCCCCGACGGCAAACCCGCCCCCUACGUUACCAACGGCACAUACCCUGCCAACUACACAAUGUCGCCAGCUGAUAAUCGCGGCAGCCCCAUUCACCAGAGUCCUACAGGCACCAUCCCCAUGAGGAUGAACAAUGUCAGUGGGCAAGGCACAUACAACAGUCAACAAAACCCGUUCAGCAAUCAACAGAGCGCUUACACGAGCCAAGUCGGCACGUAUGACAGCCAAACCGGGACUUACAUCAGCCACGCGCCCAGUGGGUCCCUUACUCACAUUAUCGGACAGUACGGCAGCCCAACAGACCCCAACCUGACCCUAAGGUCAGGCGUGGGCGCCGGUGCCUACUUUAACCAGUCUGAGCUCGCCCGCCAGCCCUCGGACGCCUAUGACCCGGCUAGGCGUCAAGUCAACCGGGCCAGCGAGCUUUCGUCCAUCUCUUCUGGCUUCGGCGAUGGUGACAUCAUUGUACCCGGAAUGCCUGGCAUGGUGCUCCAGCCGCCUCCCCCAGUGUCACAGUCACUGAGAGCCAGUCAGAACGGCGUCGGUCGCUUCUCAUGGAUGAGCAAGACGAACCGUGAAACAGUAUACACAGAGGCUAGCGAGGACCUUCCAGCGAGGUUCAGGACGGUCGACAGCUGGGUCAACCAGCAGACCGGCCGCGUCAAGAGAGCACAAGCCAGGCCAGAGACGGACGAAGACAUCCCGCCCGUGCCGGGUUUACCGGCCGGGACAGGCCAAAACGGCAUGCCGCCUGAACCCCAAUUUACCAUGAUGAUGCCGGACGGGGAGGUACCCCGGCGGCCGGAUUUGGGGCCGAACGCGUAGUAGCUCGUCCAACAGACGUGACCCGGACACAACACACACAAGAGGCAACUUUUCUUUGUUUUCAUACCCAAGCAUGGCGCGGAUUAACAGGAUUCCAAUGAGGUGGAAGGGAAGAGGGGAGGAAGGGCAGUGGGAGGCUGGGAGCGGGUUGUAAUACCAAAGGUCAUAUCACAUACACACGCUUUGACACAAAGAGAGAGAGAGCGCGAGAAAGAGAUGGGAGCCGAGAGGCGAUCGCUUUGUACAAACAAUACUUUUUCACACACACACUCAAACAAAACCGAACAAUAUGUACCCAUACGACUUCUGCAAAUGCUUCCUUCUUCAAGCCUGGCGCUUGGGUGGCUCUGCGGAGUUAGACAUCAUUCACAUAGCGCGUGUUCUUUCUUUCCC